UGUAGAGAAGAGAGACAGAAGGGGAGGAGCAGGAAAAUUUUGCUUGAGCGAUGUGACCAGAGUAAGGACAGUAUGAUGUUAUAAUCUAAGACCGUCAUCCUUUGACGACUUAUUUAAUUGCUAAUAAUUAUUGCGCUCUCGUUAUCUCCCUGAAAACCUAGUGAGGUUGGGGACUGACCGAGUUUGAGGUAAAACAAACGAAUUGGACUCCUUUACCCCUUAACCAUGGAAGGUCUCAAACUGCAAAUUUUGGAGGAGCCGAGUGCAGCAUUCAGAUAUAGGUACAAGUCUGAAAUGCACGGUGCUCACGGACACAUCGCAGGCGAAAGGUCGCAGAAGAGCAGCAAAACUCUGCCACGGGUGCGCCUCCUUGGAUGGUUCAAACCUGCAUACAUUCGAUGCACUUUGGCCACUGAAAACGAAGAGAAAGAACAUCCACACCUGUUAGUCAUGAAGAUGAAAAAGAACGAGGAGAAGAGUGAGCCUCACUAUGCUGAAAUUAAUGCGGAAAAUAGAUGGGAGGCUGAAUUUAAGGUAGGCAUCAUCCAAACGGCCAAGAGAGACGCAGAGAAGGUUCUGAAGGAGAAGAAAUUAAGACGUAGAGAGGAAUGUGGAAUUCGGCGUACUUUGACGACUAAGGAAAAAACGAUGAUUAACAAAGAAGCUGCUGAUGAGGCCAUGGAUAUUGACCUGAAUGCUGUGAGGCUGAGAUUUGAGGCUGUUGAUGGUAACUACGAGCCAAUUGAGGACUGCCGUGGAAAGCCAGUGGUUGUAUACUCCAGACCGAUUUUGAACAAGAAAUGCGCUGCAAAUGCUGAGCUGAAAAUCAUUAAAGCCAGCGUGACUGCCGGAACCUGCAGGGGCAACACAGAGGUGAUGCUGUUUGUCGACAAAGUGGACAAGAAGAACAUCAAGAUCCGGUUUUUCGAGGAAGACUCUGAGGGAGGCAUGUCCUGGCAGGAUUAUGGAGUUUUCAAUGAUUGUGAUGUGCACCACCAGUACGGCAUUGUGUUCAACACUCCGCCUUACAGGAGGCUGGAUAUUGAGAAUAACACAGAAGUCUUCUUUGAGCUUGUGAGACCAAAAGACAAUGAAAGAUCCUCUGCUAUUCAAUUUGUUUAUCUGCCAUGUGAAGAAAGCCCUGGGAAGAAGAGAAAAUUGGAAAAUACCAGUGAAUUCCUUGAGGUUGACUAUCAACUAGAAACCGAACUAAUGUCAGUGGUGCCUAAAGAAACAAACAGUUUCAAUAGCUUCUUACACGAAGUCAUUCCCAACCCGGACAAUGAGGUCACAAGCUCAAACUAUUUGGAUUUGCCUGUAGAUUGUUCGCAACUAAUCGAUUAUAAUAUGGAAGGAAUUGAUGACCAAAUUCUCACAGACUUACUCAUUGGUUCCUCUAGUAUCCAGGUAGAUGGUCCGGGCAGAAGAAGGAAAGUGUUAAAGCGCUCACCAACAGAAAAUAUUCAGCAGAAAAUUUGGUCUGCCAUAUAUCGAAAGGACUUGAAAACCUUGACUCAAAUAAUAGAUCACCUUGAGCAGCAGCAUCAGAACAUCAAUGCUAAUUGUCUUCUAAAUGAAUUCAACAAUGUUGGUCAAGCAUCCAUCCACAUGGCUGCUGCCACUGGAGAUUUUGAAAUCCUCUCCUUCUUGCUGUCCCGAGGAGUAGACGCCACUAGUGCAGAAAAAAGUGGAGGGAAAACCCCUUUGCACAUAGCUGCACGUGCAGGACAAGAGGCUUGUGUGAAGCUUUUAGUUAGAGAAGCAGCUUCUGCAGUUGAUGCCCGUGACUUUAAAGGGCAGACUGCCUUGCAUUACGCUGCUGGGACUGGGAAAAAGAACAUUUGCGAGACUUUGCUGGACGCGGAGUCUGACCCUGAAACUCCAAAUCUGGACGAUGUUACCCCGCUUGAUGUUGCUCGAGAGAAUGAAGCCUUAGUGCAAAUCUUUGCAAGGUACAUAAACAGAAUUGAAAAGAGAAUUGGCCAAAUAAAGAUUGAGUCAGAAUAGGCGUAGUGAUAGCAUUUUCAAAAUAUCUGGCUGAGACCAUUAAUUAAAUUUUGACAAAAUUUGUUAGAAAAAGAAUUAUGAACAGGAAGCAAAAUUGGCUAUCAAUUUAUCAAACAUAAUUUGUGUCUUAUCGCGACAGUAUACUAUGUUGAUACACAUGCUGUGAUGAGUUAGAAAAUGAGUCAUGUAUCAGAUGAACAAAAUAAUAGAUAAAUAAAUAGCAAAAUUAUUGUUUUAUACACAAA